AUGCGAGCAUUAGACCAAAAUGUGAGACAACGGCAGUCACAGGCCACAAGACUCGGCGAAAAGUCACAAAGGAGCAACUCAGCACCAACUUCAUGGGAGCAUAGAUCCGACGAGGGAUUCGAGUCAUCAAAUAGUGGGAACAAUAUACCGAUGUACAAUCCCCUUCACUUUUCCGAUGAGAUGAAUGGUGCACCUGGAAGCCCUCCUCUUGCCUCUCAGCAUUCGACGUCUUACGACAAGACUAACGAUAUGAUGCUUCGAUCAUCCGUCGCUAUGGAUGGUAUCCACGCAACGGGUGGAAAGCUUCAUGCGCAUUCUCUCGCAUUGAAUGCUGUUCCAGAUUCCAGCUACCAAGCUUAUCUGAAAGGACAGUCAUUCAAAAAGAAAAAUGGCUCCUUUAUUGAUGGGAUAUGUUUCGCCAAGUUCUGUGCCUUCUUUUCGACCGUGGCCAUCAUGUUCUUUAUAUUUGUGGGUAUCAUUAUUGAUGUGCAGCCAAUGUAUUUGCAGGGUAUUCUGAUAAAACACCAGCAAUACAAUGAGAACCAGAAGAUGCAAACAUAUUACGAUUUGACUCAGGGCGAACGACUUGACACAGCCCGUCGUGCUUACCAAGCAGCCUUCUUUUAUUUCUUGACGGUCUGCGCCUGCCUCGCAUAUGCCUACAACUUUCACUUCUAUUUUAACAGCAGGAUGGGACAAUAUCAUGAUGUUCCAGAUGCUGACCCGACCAAUGAAAACUUUGGCACUGCCUCGUCAAAGGGUGGUCUGCCGAUGUACAAUAGCCACACAAUGCAGGCGUACCAGCACGACCAUAGGAUAGGUUCUAAAGUAUGGAACAUGGCAUCGUUGACCACGAACCGAGUUAGAAUGCACAUUGCAUCCAACUGGCCAAGCUACGGAGAAAAGCGUAGGUCACGGCGGCGCCAAAUGGGGGCAAAAGACGUGUAG